UAGAUGAGUAUCUAGUUGGGGUCAUCUAGACCCAGGACUCUUUCCUGCUUAUGCAGGGGGUCGGACUCUAUGAUCUAUUGAGGUCCCUUCCGACCCUAACAUUUAUGAAUCUAUGGUAAGGAAUUGCUUGUUUUAUAAUCUCCUGAGACAGGGAGACAGGAAGUCUGCUCUUGUUCUUAUCUUCUUGUAAAUGGUUUAUUUAUUCUUCUUAUCUUCCUGUUCUCAAGGCUGCUUUUCUCAGUAGACUGGGUAUGCUUGAAGCCAUAUUCAUUCACUCACUCAUGCAUUCAUCUAAAAUUAUUUUUUGAUAAUAUUCUCAACAAUAGGAAAAGGGCAAGAAUCAGGGUCAGAGAGGGGCAGUGACUUGCCCAAAGUUAUGCAGUGGGUCAGUGUCAGAACAGGGAAUAGAACCAAGAUCUCCCGUGCUAGCCUUAUGCACUUAUAAUCCUACCACUAAGCUGAGAACUCUUGAGGAGAAGGUGAUGUGACCAAAAAGAUCUACUAUGUUAUUUGAAUAGCUGGAGACAUCUCAGGACUUCCUUAUAUCAAUGGAAUCCAGCACCCUAGACCAACCAUUUGGGAAGCUGACGUGGCCUAAAUAUUAGGUUUCAAGUCCCUAGACCCACAGGGUGAGAUGCAGAGAGUGUGGAUCCCUCUCCCUGUUUGUCUCCAAGAGCAAUUCUCUGCAGCUACUGCUCAAGCCCUUCAGGCAAACCUUAAACAGUGGAGGCCUCUGCACCAUGCACUGCACUGUUGUUCCCAUCUGCAUUUGAGUCAGAAUUUCCUUCUUCUCACUGUUGUGCUACGUAUGCAUAAAUUUACCUGGUCAUGGCCUUCAGCCCCAGGGGCAGCUGCAAUUCAGUGAAGCUAUGUGGAUAUUGUCUGCAGCAUGUUCAGAGCUGAAUAGGGCUGUGCAUAUUCUGAAUCUGACAUUCUCAGGGCUGCACUCGUGUUCUAGAGCAGACGUGACGAAGAAAGGGAAAGGUUCUAGAAUGAAUGUUUCUGAGGCCCCAAUGGAAAGCCUUGACUUUUCAGUGCAGUCUUACAGUAGCCUCCCCAGCAAUUAUUAGGCUGAGAUGACAUAUUUCUGAUGACUCCUGUUCAACCUCUCCCAUCUACCAACUAGUGCAGAGGGGAAAUUCUAUUGUUAAAAACUUACCUACAAGCCCUAUCUUCAUAAAGCACUCCCUACCCCACCACCGACAUCCUACUGUUAACCUUGGUUACUAGGAGAUCCAUAAAGAUCUCACAACACUUACUUACUAUUGGAUGUGGAUGCAAGUUUGACUCAUACUCCUUGGAGACAGUCUAGUCUGAAUGGUGACCAUGAGGCUGGUUGGAAUGACCUUUCUUCUGUGGAUGAUAGACCUUCUCCAUGCUUUUGCAAUUAUGGAGAAGGAAGACAUAUUCAAGAAAACACCCUGUCCAGCCUUCCUGAUGUUCAACAAUGCUGCCUAUUUGACUGAUAUGAGUUUUGAGCUCCCUUGCAACUGCAAGCCAGAAGAGAUCACCUCAGUUGUGUGGUACUUCCAGAACAGCCCAGGCAGCCGGGAGACCAAGGUUUUAACAGACUUUGAUGGCACUAUGGUUGUGGACUCAGGCCACAUCCGGAUGGGUAGUGACAUGCUGAAACGUUUCAGCAUUAGGAUGUUUAGUCUCAUUGUCUUUCGGGCCCAAGUGGAGGACUCGGGCCACUAUCUCUGUGGCACAAAGCAAGGGGACUUUUUCUACGGCUAUGACGUGGAUGUGCAGCCAUCCAAGUACAUCACUGUGGCCUUCAAAGACAUAGGCCAGCACCCACAAAAGGAUCACAUUGAAAAGCUGUUCAGUCUGUUCACCACCUUUUGGGACUGGACCAAAUGUGACCGCUGCGGAGUACGAGGUGAGCAACGGAGAAUUGGUCUCUGCUACGUGAACAGCACUUACCUCAACCCCAGGUACCGCACCACCUUGGCAGAUGUGGUGUCCUGUGGUUCAAGAUCUGUCCCCAUGCGCUUCCACAGCACCAUUCAGCUCAGGAAGCCUGAGGUCGUCAUCCGAAGCUGCAUGACACCUUGUCCAAAGAAAAAAGCCCCCAAGGAAGGAGUGCUUGCCAUCGCCAACCUUAUUGCAAAGCUGGGUGAAAAACCCUGGGUGCCCAAAGUUCCCAUUCAGUUCCACAAGCAGCAGAUAGGAAGCAGUCUGAUUAUCUCUUGCCCUGGGGCCAGGCCAGAGCAUGCAGUGGCUUGGGACAAAGACUUAGCUCCACUAUACCGUACCCACUUCCUCAAAGGAGUCAACAAGAGCAUGCGGGUCUUCAUUGACCAUGGCAAUCACCUGCACAUUCAAUUUGCCCAGCUGAAUGACAGGGGCACUUAUUACUGCUGGCGAGAGAGUCAAAUGAUUGCUGGUUUCCGGCUCUCUCUGGGGUUUCAAAGUCCGCGCAAACGGACGCUUAACGAUCCUGAGACAAGAUACGCCAUCAAGGCCAUCCUCACAAGUUAUGUCUUUAUCACCAUAGUUUUCAUUGGCAUCCAUCUCGGCCGCUGCUGCUUUUGUGUGUUCAGAGGCACUUUUGUGGGGUAGCCUUUUCAAUAAGUGCUUGGCCACAGGCCAAGGGAAUUAUUUAUCUCAUCCACUUGUUACACUCAUUUGGAACCUUUUCCCUUGGGCUGUUGUGAAUUUUCCUAAUGCCUGUUAGAAAUAAGGACAAGUAAAAAGCUACCAGUACAUGCUUGGUUGUUUCCUUUCAUUGUGGAGCAUGAAAAAGAGGGAGCUGAACUGGAAAGAUAAUUGCAUUCAGAAUAUUACUGCCAUAGCUCGUUGGGGACAGAGUCUGUGAAUAAGGAGUCCUGGUCUAGGCCCUGCUUAUACCCUGACUUUGGGCAAGACUUGCUGCUUAUUCAUUUUUCAAACAAUACUUUACAUUUACAUUGUGUGUUCUGGUCAGGGGUCUUAAAGCACUUUUCCAGAAUAGCUAAAUAUCAUAUUAGUAGGUUUCUUACAGCUGAACAAAUAAUCAGAUUCCCCCCCUACCCCCCCGAAUCUGCUUUACUGAAAAAACUGAGAAAUAUCAGUUUGGGAUCAACUUGAAAUUAAACUUUAUUUUUCCCCUUUUAAGUUGUUUUUAAUUAAAAAAAUA